AUGAAGACCCCAACGCUCCUCGCCGCGUGCCUGCUCGUGCUGGCGUCGGCACUCAGCGGCGCCAUGGCGCAGAGCGGGAAGCCGACCGUCUUGGACGCCGUCGGCGAUGAAGUCCCGGCGGCAUUCGAGGCCUUCCAGCUGCUGAUGGGCGGAGAGGACAACGGAAACAGCCCCGGACCCAUCCAGGCCGGCUUCAGGUCGGUCAACUGGGACGCGGACGUGGUGCCAUUCGACAUGCCCGGCACUUUCUUCCGCGAUGACGUCACGCGCGGCAUGGCGCUCACCACCGAGGGCGACGAGUUCCGCGUGAGCAACCCUCCCGAGGACGACCCAGGAUACCCGGACAACCUGUUCGACAGCAUCAACGCGGACCACCCCAACCAGUUCCAGGCCUUCAGUCCGGAGAGGAUCUUCAGCCCCCUGACGGACAACACCUUCGAAAUCACCUUCUCUGUGCCCGCCAAGGGCGACAAGGCCACCGUGUCCGCCUACGGCGCCAUCUUCGUGGACGUGGACAACGAUGAGGAGACGUACUUCGAGUUCUUCGACGAGAAGGACGCGUCCCUCGGCCUGUGGUACGUGCCCGCGUAUCCCCAGGGCCUGUCCUUCCUGGGCGUCGACCUGGAGAAGCCCGUCAUCGCCAAAGUCGUCGUGUACCUUGGAGGCGCGAAACUGGACCAGCCCGACCAGCCCCCCCAGUACGACGUGGCGGUCAUGGACGACUUCCUGUUCGCGGAGCCGGUGCCCAUCGCCAAGAAGCCCACAGCUGCAAGCAUGGACGACUACGGGCGCUAG